CGUGCACUCGAUGAGGCAACCAAAUACGCUCUCGAACGCAAAACGUUCGGUGUGCCCAUUGCACAGCACCAAGGUGUAGCGUUUAUAUUAGCCGAUAUGGCAAUGAACCUGGAAUUGUCACGUUUGGUAACGUAUCGCUCUGCAGUCGAUGUUGACAACAAUCAACGUUCUUCUUAUUUUGCUUCGAUUGCCAAGUGUUUCGCAUCGGAUACUGCUAAUGCAGCCGCUUCAAACGCUGUACAGAUACUCGGAGGUUUGUUUGAUUUCGGUGAAGCGCUUAAAUAUUUCUACUCUCUAACACUCACUGAUAUACGCAAUCAGUAG